AUUAAACAUGAAUAUCAAGCAUAAAUCAUUUAAAAUACUUAAUAUAAUAGAAAACAUAUUUGGAAUAUAUAGAAAUAUUAGUACGUUUAGCAAAGUAGGAAAAACGAUAUCUGUGAUUUUAAUUUCUAUUGAGUUAUCUUUGUGUUUAUACAUAGUUUUUAUAAACAAUAAAAUCAACAAUUUUAAAGAUGCAUAUACGUUCUCCACUCAGUUUGAUUCUAUACUUUCCAUUUUGCUGUCUUGUUAUUAUUCGAAAACAUACGUUAAAUUUCUUAGGUGCUUAAAUGCUAAUGAUAUACUCGUCGAUUUUCAAAAUGAUAAGAUAUAUUUCAAACGCUUGGCUUCAUGUUUUAAAAUGGGCCUGUUUCGAUUGUGCGCAUAUAUAAUUAUUUAUUAUCAAAAGAAGCUCAGGGUAAUAAAACGGCUAUUACGAAUAGUUGCAUCGCGACCAAUAAAAAUGAAAACCUUUGGUGGUACUGACAUCAACAUGACGCUCAUUCCGGCGUGCGUCAUCGUCGUCGCCAGCUACACUGUCAUCCUUCUACAGUUCAGCAACAUCGUGUAA